CGUCGAACACCACGCGCGACCCCAGCUUACCCACGACCGACACGAACGUAGUCACCUAAACACCCAAUCACCGCCUACAUAGCAACAAAACUUCCAUCGCUAUACCACCGCUUCCAAAAUGCCUCAAGCACAGCCCGAGUUGAAGAAGUACCUGGAGAAGCGCGUCCUCGUGCAGUUAAACGGCAGUCGCAAAGUCAUGGGUAUUCUCCGUGGAUACGACGUCUACCUAAACAUUGUUCUCGACGAAGCGCUUGAAGAAAAGGCUGGCGGUGAGAAAGUACGCAUCGGCAUGGUCGUCAUUCGCGGAAACGCCGUAGUCAUGCUUGAGGCCCUCGACCGUAUCAACCAGGACGUCCCCAAGAUUGGACGGUAAAGAGCGUGUAUGCGACCCGCCACGAGGAAGCAAAAGUCAGCGAUAUAUUGGACCAAGCAUCAGAGCGGAAAGCGACAUGGCACAGAGUACGGGAAGAUUACUAAACGGCGCAUCUGGCGUUUGAGGCGCGAAAAGAAACUAUUGGGCAUGCCUUUACCAGGCUCCCCCUCCUCCCUUUCCUUUUCCAUUGCCUGUAUCUCCCUUGUCCCGAGCAGUUUACCAUUUACAGAGGACAGUGUUUUAUUGUUCUCCUUGCGCAAUAUCUGUGUUGACAGACUGGAUUAUAUACGCGAUAUAGUACCCUCGAUAUGAUGACAACCGAGGGAACACUAAUAGAGCAUUUGAGGGAGCGCAAGUAGGAUCCGAGUCAUACGGUCAAUAGAGAACGAAAUAAAAUUAGUGCCAUAGGCUCCAGUCAAUUAGCAUUUUCAACACUGGAAUUAAAGGAUGUAGCAGCUUGUCAAGUGGAUG